AUGCAGUGCCUACCUUCUGCCCGGUUCUUUCCUAACGACUCCUUCGGACAGCCCCAUCGCUCAGGGUCAGAUCCGCUAAGAUUCUCUCUAAGUCUCAGCGUUUCAGACGCACGUUAUCCGAGCAGCUGUCGAAGCCCAUAUCUUUCCCCGCCUAUGUCAGGCUCUCCGCCUCCAGAGUUUAGAUCUGACGUAUCUCAUGGACUAAGACAUGCAGGGCGACCAAACUCGCCAGCAUCAAACCUGAAAUAUCCCGAGUCGCAUCAUGAUUACCAAGGUCAUCAUAUGAACGGGGGACAGGGGAUGGUCCACGAUCCGAGACAGUCGCAGAUGUCAAAUCAGCAGUACGGGCUUCCGUCUGUGAACGAUAUCCGCCCACCACAUCUACUACCAGCAUUUGGAGCACCGAAUACUAUUUCCCCACGGACGACAACGCUUCCCCCGCGAUCAACACGCAGAGCAAAAGCUCAUGUUGCAUCUGCUUGUGUCAAUUGCAAGCGAAAACAUCUAGGAUGUGAUUCGGCGCGGCCUUGUCGAAGAUGUGUCGUUGCAGGUAAAGAAGAAUCUUGUGUGGACGUAACACAUAAGCGCCGUGGUCGGCCUCCUUUGAAGGCGGAAGAGGGCCCUAUUCGUACUUACGAAUCAACCUUUGGGCAACCAGGAAUUCUGCGAGUGUCACAGCAUUCCUCCACCAUUAUGGGUCCUGCCCGAGGACAUAAGAGAAAUCCGUCGUCCAGAGAAAUCAGACCCAGCACAGAUUUCAGUCACUCCCACGGUGGAGCCUCGAAUGAAGGAGAAAGGAGGAUGGGAUCGAGCCCGACAGCUACGAUGCAGCCUCCAAUGUGGACACCUCCAAUCUUGCCAUCUCCGUCCCCCUUCACAGCUGGUAACGUGCCAACACGGCGACCAGCAUCAAGCGGUCAACAACCAACGCCCCAGGCUCCCGCCCAUGAGUACCAGACACGGGAAAGUCAACUACAAAGACCAAUGGGCCGGUUAUCACCAAUGCAUUCGUUUCCAGGAGAGGGGCCACGGGCGUCUUGUUCGCCACACAUGGCCUAUAAACCAAGAAGCCCAACUGACUCAUCCUCGUUCUCAAGCCCCGGACCAUCAUCUGGAGGCUGGCCAGCCUGCUAUCAGCCCUCCGAUCAAGGAUUAGCCUCCUUUAAACUUCCUCCUAUUUUGGGUAGAGGCUCAGAUAUUCCGCCUCCAAAGGAUGUUGCACCACCUAGACGAUUUCCCUCAUUGCCAUGGCUGGAAACGGAGCAACGACACCAUCCCGCUGCCUCUGACCGCACUAUCUCUACCUCCGAUUCUUCAAAUCCUCUCUCUCCAUUCCGCCGCGGAUCCGUGCUCAGCAACUCUGCCCACGUCUCGCCUACUUCUCCAGUAUCUCUUCCCCCCUUGCGCACCACGGGACUACAGAAAGCACCGGCUGAUCAACUACAAACUCCAAUAGAAGACAGCCAGAAGGAAGGGGACAAUCGGCCCGCCAAGCGCCUGAGAAUGGAACUGGGCGAGAUGGUCAAUGAUUAA